AUGAAAUUUUUAUUUUUGACAUAUAUAAUAUAUUUAAAUCAUCUUUUAAAACUAAGUGGAUUUACAGGUAAUGUAAAAAUUCAUAAUUUGAAUAAUAUUUUAAAUAAAAGAAUAGUUAGAAUUAAAAAAAUUAAUUUGAUAAAAAUUAAUUUACAAAAUGAUAACUAUGAAAAUAAAAGGUUUUAUAAUAGCAAACCAUUAAUAAAUGAGAAAUCCUUAAAUAAAAUAACUUUAAUUGGCCGAGUUGGGUGUGAACCAGAUAUAAAAAUAUUAAAUGGAGGAGAUAAAGUAGCAACCUUUAGUUUAGCAACAAAUGAAUUUUGGAGAGAUAGAAAUACAAAUGAAUUAAAAUCAAAGACAGAUUGGCAUAGAAUAGUAGUAUAUGAUCAAAAUUUAGUAGAGUUGGUAGAUAAAUAUUUAAGAAAAGGUAGAAGAGUAUAUUUACAAGGAUCGCUACAUACUAGAAGAUGGUUUGGUAAUGAUUUAAGUAAUCAGCCAAAGCAAAUAACAGAAAUAGUUUUAUCAUAUAAUAAAAGUGAUUUAAUAUUUUUAGAUGACAGAAGAAAUUUUAUGAAUAGAAAUCCACAUCAGACUCAGCCUAAUGAUAAUCAAAAUAUAAGUAAUAAUACAAAUAAUAUAAAUAGUAAUAGUGAUAUUAUCCUCAAUCAAAGUAAUCAUGAUAGCCCUUUAAAUAAAAAUGAUUUUUCAGAAGGUAUUGAUGAGAAUACUGAUGAUAAUUUUGAUGGAUUAGAUGGUAACACUGAAAAAGAUGAGGGGAUCUAUGACAAAAUGAAUGCACAAGAAUUUGAAGAAUAA